GGUGCGGGGGGAGCGCGGCCGGGGCGGCUGACGCGUGUCCUGCCCCGCAGCGCUCCGGCGCCGGCAGCCGGCCAUGGCCUCCAAGCUGCUGCGCGCCGUGGUGCUCGGCCCCCCCGGCUCGGGCAAGGGCACGGUGUGCGAGAGGAUCGCCCGCAGCUUCGGGCUCCAGCACCUCUCCAGCGGGCAGUUCCUGCGGGAGAGCCUCGGCGGCGGCGGCGAAGCUGGAGUCCUGGCAAAGCAGUACCUCGAGAGAGGCCUCCUGGUGCCCGACCACGUCAUCACGCGCGUGAUGAUGGCAGAGCUGGAGAAGCGGCGGGAGCAGCACUGGCUGCUCGACGGUUUCCCUCGGACGCUGGGACAAGCCAAGGCUCUGGAUGGGAUCUGUGAGCUGGACCUGGUGAUCAGCCUGAACAUCCCCUUCGAGACGCUGAAGGAUCGCCUGAGCGCCCGCUGGGUGCACCCAGCCAGUGGCAGGGUCUACAACAUGGACUUCAACCCUCCCCACACCCAGGGCGUCGAUGACCUGACGGGAGAGCCGCUGGUGCAGCGCGAGGACGACAGGCCCGAGGCUGUGGCUGCGCGGCUCAGGAAGUACAAAGAUGCUGCCAAGCCGGUGAUAGAGCUGUACAAGAGCAGGGGCAUCCUUCACUCCUUCUCUGGCACAGAGACCAACAAGAUCUGGCCCUACGUGUACACCCUGCUGUCCAGCAAGAUCCCACCCAUUCUCUCGGAGGAGGAGCACUAAACAGCUCGUGCCAAGGACCAGGAUUUCAUUCCAUCGUGGAUUUGGUUCCCAGUGCAGUGCCAGGGCUGUGCUGGGGUUUGGUGAUCACAAACUGGGUGACAUUGGCGGAUACCAGUUAGAGCCAGGAUCAGAUCUUUGUUUAGAAGGUCAAGCCUGCUGGAAUAAGGGGCUUUUUCCCUCUUUUGGGGCUAUGGAGUUUUCCUGCCCGUGGUCCAUCCUGGAUUGGUGAUGCUGACCAGGGCAAUGGUCAUUCCAGGUUUACACAGCUUUGCCAUGGUGUCCUUGCCAUCCCUUUCCAGCCCCCAAUCCCUGUCUGAGCCUACAUGUGCCAUCCUGUUGCUCCACAGGACCGUUUACUGCUGAGGACUCUCUAGGCUGAGGGUUUUUUCUAUAAAUUAUUUUCUAUUAAAUGGAUUUCUCAGAGGAAUAAAGCUCUAGAAAGCAACACUUAGCCCAGCGGGAAUUUUGGGAGCAACGUGGGAAAUGUGUGUACCACAAAGCUGAGAGACAUGAGGAUCACAUUCCCAGUGUUAAUGCACGUGAAAGAGGGAAAACAUUGGGGGUGAAACACUCCCUUGUACUCCUUCCAUAGGGAGAGCUGAAUUCCCUGUUAAAAAGCUGCUGUACAAGUUUUUAUGGAAUGCUGUGAGGAUGAGCAGGAUCUGAGCUGGGGAUGAGUUGCACUCCUUUGUGCUUUCCUGGUUUAUAGCUUUUAAUAUGACAAGAUAGUGAUGUCCUAAGAGUUUCUCCCAAAGAUUUAUCUCCACGUGUGCUUCAGUUUUGGGGAGCAAUCAGCUCGUUCCACCUUCUGUGCUGCCUUUGUCCCCGAGGUCCCCUGGCCAGGGGUCCCUUCAGCUGCUCCUGCUGUGUUCCCCAGCAAAGUGACUCCCUCCCCAUGAAAUCCCAGAGAUCUUUCCUUCCUUGGGAUGCAUCCAGGGCCAUGCCCAGGUGUUUUCCCAUGAUUUACAGCAUCCUUGGAUUGUGUUGGGGCCAGGCUUUUCUCAACUGGAAGUGCUGUCACCCUCUUUCUGUAGGACGCAGUAUCCGAGCAAUGGGGACGUUCUCCUCGUCUCCUCAAGUUGCCUUAUUUUAUAAACUAUAUAUUUAAGGAAGAAUAAAAGCAGGAUGCAUAUUUGUAAAGGUUUAAAAACAAGAAGUGCUGCAUUUUAGGAUUGCCUUUUGGGAAUUGUGCAUGGAGCUGCUGGAUCCGCAGGGAAUGCUGCUUCUGCCAGGGGGGCUCACGGGAGGGCAGGAACCUGGCACUGCCUGGCACCUCUCGGAUUCAUCAGAGCAGCCUGGGCACCUUCCUGCUGCUGGAUGUCCCUGGGUUUAUUUGUGCUUGGAGAGGGGCCCACAGCAGGGAAAGGGGAAUGACCAGAAUUUUUAGGGAUUUUUUCCUUGUGCGAAACUUUGGCACCUGCCUGGAUUUUUUUAUUUAUCCCAGCUGAGCAUCCUCGUGCUGACCAAGGAUCCCCCAACAUUUGCUUCAUCCAGGUGCUCUCCCAAAUGGAGCCAGAGCAGGAUCACUGCCCACAUCCCACCUGCUCCUCCCCUGCUGGGGGAGAAGCCAGAGUGCUCCCACACCGCUCUGAGUGGGAAUUUUCCAGGAGGGAGCAAAGGGAUUGCCAGGUCUCACUGCUGCCCCAGGAGGCCUUUCCAUGCCCCCGUGCUGGGAGGCUGCAAAUCUUCCAGCCAGCAGUGAAAUCCUAUUUCAGAAAGAUUUGGGAUUUUCCCAUGACCCUGGGAUGAAGGUCUGGGCUGGUUUUAGACACAAAUCCACAAAUAGCCAAAACCUUUGUGCUGCUUUCUUUGGAACAGCUUGGGACAGGAGGGGAGGAGAUUUUGGGGUUUUUUUAGGCUAAAAGAGCAGCUGAGUGCUGGGCAGAGGGGCUGCUCCCUGCUUUGCCUUGCCCUGUCCUCAUGUCCCGUCCUUCCCUCCUGCAAAAUUCCUCCUGAAGAGAGAUUUCCAUGCAGCCCGGAGGCAGGACAGGGUCUGCAGAUGCCUUUUCCAGGCUUUGAGCCCUAUAUUAGAUGUACAAUCCCGUGGCUGUGCAUGCAUCCAGCCCUCAGGAUGGAUUUUUCUUCCAGACUCGUUGCAUUUGCCGAGACCAAAUUCCAGCAGGGAUGGGGCCCUGUCCCUCGCUGUCCCCCUGCCGUGCUCCCCUUUGGUAUUUUACUGUGAAUCCCAAACCUUUUCUAAAGCCACAGCAAUUUUGUACUGACCCAAGAUACUGUGUGGAGGGAGGAGGCUCUCCGCCCUGGAAUGUCACGCCGAGUUUUCUUCCCGGAGUUUUUUCCCGGAGUUUCCUCCCGGUGAAUCGCUGCAGCUGUGUUACUGCUCUCAAGAUGUAAAUAAAGAUUUUUCUCCUGCUGA